AUGAAGCUAAAGGGACAGAGUGUGGAUGGGGAAGUGGUGUCGACCAAUCCCCUGGACUUGUUGACUGGAGAUGGACUGCCUCGUGGUCUACCCACAACCCCCACCAACCCCAGUCAGAGGGACAGUACAGUGGCCCCACAGCCAGCCAGAUACCCUACCCCUGAAACUAGAUGUGGGGGCGUAUUGACAGACUCAGAGGGCAGCUUUAGCUCCCCCAACCACCCUGGAUCGUAUCCCCCGGACUCGCUGUGUGUCUGGGUGAUCCGGGCGCGCCCUCCAUCCCUGGUCCAGAUCCAUGUUCUGUGGCAACGUGGCACCCCUACUGUGAACACCAACAGCAGCACUGUGUCACCCCCUACUGUGAACACCAACAGCAGCACUGUGUGGGUGACCUUCCGCUCUGACGGGAGUAUCGGAGGCAGUGGCUUCAUUGCCCAGUACCACGCCAUCACACUUGAACAGAGUGAGUACUGGAGAGCUGCUCCAGGGAGGAGUUUGUGGGACCGCGGGCGCUGCAUCCUGCCUGUGUCAGUGUGUGACGGCCAGCCCAACUGUCAUGACCACUCUGAUGAGGCCAACUGCAGCCACAAGCACAAAGUUGUACACAUGGCAGAUCUCUGUCGAGGAGGGUCAUGUGAUCAGGCUGAGUUCCGUAACUUCAGUCUGGAGACUCAGGACGUGUGUGAGUUUGACUAUGUAGAGGUGCAUGACAGUGCUGAUACCGGGGCCGGCAGAGUACUCGGACGGUACUGUGGAACCAGCCUGCCUCCUGAGCUGACCUCCUCUGGGCCUCAGAUAACUGUGGUAUUUGUGGCUGACGAGGGUGUGGCAGACAGUGGCUUCAACGCGUCCUACCAGGCCAUCUCCCUCUCCGAGAGAACAUGCAAUCCUACUCAGUUUACCACCUGUGGCUGGACUGACUGUGCAGACGGGACAGAUGAGCACGACUGUGACAACUCGACCUAUCCCACUUUCAGCUUGUCCUGUGAGCCCAUCGAGGUGGAGAUGUGUCAGGGCCUGAGCUACAACCUCACAUCCUUCCCCAACAUUUGGCUGUUCAUCGCUGAACAGAGAGAGGCAGCCACGCUGCUCUGUGCUGAUGGAGCUGGCGUGUUUCCAGCCCCUGCGCAGGCUGGUGUGUGGGAUGUUCAUGCCCCACUGCAGCCCUGCCGGUCAGUGUGCUCCUGGGCAGCGCAGCAGUGUAGUCAGGCCCGGGACGUCUUCACCUUCAGCUGGCCCUUCAACUGCCACCUGCUGCCUGACUCCCAAGACCCUAUGGAGUGCUCCAUCCCUUGA